AUGUCAUUCCUAGACUUUGAUGACAAGCCUACCAAGGGAUCCUCAUUCCUACUCAACACAACAACAUCCACAUCAGAUCCCCCCUCAAAAGACACCAACAAUGCAACAAGAGACCUAGCUGACGAGGAAGCCCUCCUAGAAGAGUUCAAAAAGAACCCCAAGGCAGCAAUGGCCCUCGCAGAGUCAUAUAUCACAGCAGCACAGGGACCCCGUCAGGCCAUGACAGAGAUCACACCCAUUCCCGGGUUCGUGGUUCAGACUCAGACAACAAAACAGAGUAACCAGGUGCCUCUGGGGAACAAGACGGUCGUCUACCCUGCAGAGACAGCGGUGUUUAUCAACAUCUGUUCGUCGGACUUGAUGCCACAACCAUCAAAGGCUACGGAAGCUGAGAUCAGGAGGGCCAUUCAAGCGGAGGAGGGUGUUACCUACCAGGUACCCUUUCAAGUCAGUUCACCUCGGGAGCACCGCGACUCUGUCGCAAAAGCAUACCUGGUUGUUGACGCAUGCAUUCACUCGGAACCAUACAAGCGCGCAGAGAAGGACUUUGACUACAAGUUAUACAUCAUGGAACUGGCCAUGGAGUGGGUCGAAGAAAAGUGCCGUGUCGAGCUGAGCAGAACAGAUUUUGAGCUGCCGAAUAUGAAAUCAAAGGACGAGCUCAAGAAGCGUUCGAUAAUCUUGCCCAAGCCACCAGCCAUUCAGGAGAUGGGCGACAUCUCAGGAACGACACAGUAUACGCCACCAACUACUACGACUGCUGCUACACCCUCAAAGACCCAGGAAGUGUCAACAACAAAACCAGCCAAGGAAGUCAGUGGCAUUGUUGUCCCCUCUCCAGGAAAGGAUGAUAUCGCACUCAGAAACAGACAAUUGCCUUGUCCAAAGGGAACUCUCGGGAUCAUUGUUGAGGUCGACUUGCCCAAUCAUACAAGCAUGGAAGGUGUGACAUUGGAUGUAAUCCUCCCCGACAAGCUGAUCAUCCACUCCAAGAGCCAAGGCGAAGCUAUCAAUCAAGGAAAGGAAUACCACGCCGAGAUCGAUAUGCCCAACGAACCCCUGGACCUCGACAACAUCUGUGCAGAGUUCAACAAAGCAACACACACCCUCCGUAUCUACACUCUCAAGAAAAAGCGGAAAUGA